CUAAGGCUCUCUCCUCAUUCCCACAAAGCCAUCAUGGCCACCUCUUCUCAUUGCCUAUUAUGGUUCUUCUUCUCUCUGUUCUUUGGCCAUGGCUUUGUGCCCCUUGAAGCCUCCCACCAAGUCUACAUCCACCUCCAAAAUCAGUCUCCCUCUUCUUUAAAAACCCACCAGCCUUACAGAACUGGAUAUCAUUUCCAGCCUCGCAAGAACUGGAUGAAUGGGCCUAUGAUCUACAAGGGGCUCUACCAUUUCUUCUAUCAAUACAAUCCCCAUGGUGCAGUUUGGGGAAACAUAGUGUGGGCACAUUCCACAUCAACCGAUCUUGUCAACUGGACUCCUCAUAAAUAUGCCAUUUCCCCAUCCCAGCCAGCUGAUAUCAAUGGCUGCUGGUCAGGUUCAGCAACCAUCCUGCCAAACGGCAAGCCAGUGAUUCUCUAUACUGGUAUCGAUCCACAGAACAAGCAAGUUCAGAACAUGGCUGUGCCCAAAAAUCUCUCUGACCCCUUCCUUCUAGAAUGGACUAAGCUCCCUCAGAACCCUCUAAUGGAACCUACUACCAUCAACAGCAUCAAUGCUAGCUCAUUCAGAGACCCUACGACUGCUUGGCAGGGCACUGAUGGAAGAUGGAGGGUGAUAAUUGGAAGCAAAAUAAAGCGAAAAGGAUUAGCAAUUUUGUAUAGGAGCAAAGAUUUUGUCCGCUGGACUAAAGCACAACACCCGUUACAUUCAGGGAAGAAUACUGGAAUGUGGGAGUGUCCAGACUUUUUUCCAGUAUCUAUCAACAGCUCUACGGGUGUAGAUACAUCAUCGAUAAGUAAAACCCUUAAAUAUGUUCUUAAAUUGAGCUUGGAUGAUACUAAGCAUGACUACUACACGAUUGGAAGCUACAACCGUGAGAAGGAUACCUAUGUCCCAGAUAAGGGGUCUGUGGAUAAUGACUCAGGCUUAAGAUAUGAUUAUGGCAAGUUUUAUGCUUCAAAAACCUUCUUUGACAACGCUAAGAACCGAAGAAUCUUGUGGGGUUGGAUCAACGAAUCAUCUAGUGUGGAGCACGAUAUCGAGAAGGGAUGGUCUGGAGUUCAGGCAAUUCCAAGGAAUGUUUGGCUGGACAAGUCUGGGAAACAGUUACUGCAAUGGCCGAUUGCAGAGAUUGAAAAACAACGGAUUAAACCGGGGCAUAUGUCUAGCAGAGAGCUGAAGGGAGGAUCAAAGGUUGAAGUUGGUGGAAUAACAGCAUCACAGGCAGAUGUGGAGAUAUCGUUUAAGAUAUCAGACUUUAAGAAAGCAGAGGUUUUUGACGAAAGCUGGAGUAAUCCACAGCUGCUGUGCAGUCAAAGGGGUGCAUCAGUAAAAGGUGGGCUAGGGCCAUUUGGACUAAUGGUGCUGGCUUCAAAGGGCAUGGAAGAAUACACAGCAGUUUUCUUUAGAAUUUUCAAACGUCAGACCAAAUAUGUGGUGCUCAUGUGCAGUGACCAAAGCAGGUCGUCUUUAGAUAAUGAUAAUGAUAAGACCACGUAUGGGGCAUUUUUGGACGUGGAUCCUGUCCAUGAGAAGCUGUCACUAAGGAGUUUGAUUGAUCACUCAAUAGUGGAGAGCUUUGGAGGAGGUGGAAAGGUUUGCAUAACAGCUAGGGUUUAUCCUACAUUGGCUAUUGACGGUGAAGCCCACUUGUAUGCCUUCAACAAAGGAACUGGGAGUGUAGGGAUGACAACACUGAGAGCUUGGAGCAUGAAGAAAGCUAAAAUCAAUUGAAGGAAACAAUCCUAGAGAUGUAUGUAGAGUUGUGAGUGAAGAGCCAGGCUUUUGCAAAUUUAUCUUCUUCUAUGGAUUUGUACUAGAAGUCUGCAGCAAAUCCUCUUAUGUAAUUCAUGUCAGUUUCUUUUGUUACCUAGCUGGAAUCAAUUCAAAGUUAGUACAAUAUAAGAGAAUAAUUCCUGA